AUGGAUCUGAGAAAUACGAAGAAGGUCAGAUCAUGGAGGGCUUGGUCAGCCAUGAGACAUAUACUGAUACCUGUGAUGGUACCAGUGUCAAAAGGUAAGAAUAUGAAAGCUCAACCACCCUUGAGCAGAAUGAGCCGGGAAGAAUUGGAGGACAGCUUGUUUCGUCUUCGUGAAGAGCACAUGUUGGUGAAGGAGCUUUCUUGGAAGCAACAGGAUGAGAUCAAAAGGGCGAGGACCGCGCUGCUCCGGCUGACGGCUGCGCACCGGGACCCCAGGGCCCCCGGGGACCCCAGGGACCCCAGCACCCCGGGGGCAGAGGCAGAGAAGCCUGCGAGGCGGCGGCAGGUGCAGCGCCCAGCGGGCUCCCCGGCUCCGCCCAGCCGCCUGCCCCGGGCCCGCGGGGUGCACCGUGGGCUGCGCUCUGUGCGGGGGCCCGACCGAGGCCAGAGGGAGCCCAGGGGCCGGCCGAGCUACACAGCCCCUCCUACAUUCAGGGACCAGGCAACAAGUGAGAAGACCGGAGGUGAAAUACCCAGUGAGCCCAAUACUCUGCUAGUGGAAGAGCCACCCAAAUCUCUGGAGAAAAUGUGGUCGAAAGGUGAAGAGUUUGAGCAGAGAAGCUCUUUGGAGUGUGCGCAGAAGGCCGCAGAGCUGCGAGCUUCCAUUAAGGAGAAUAUAGAGCUGAUUCGGCUUAAGAAGCUCUUACAUGAAAGGAAUACUUCAUUAGUAGCAACAAAAGCACAGUUAACAGAAGUUCAAGAGGCAUAUGAAACUCUGCUCCAGAAGAAUCAGGGAAUCCUGAGUGCUGCCCAUGAUGCCCUCGUUGGGCAAGUCAGUGAGCUCAGGGCAGAACUGAAGGAAGAGAGCAAGAAGGCUGUGAGCUUGAAGAGCCAACUGGAAGAUGUGUCCAUCCUGCAGAUAACACUGAAGGAGUUUCAGGAGAGAGUUGAAGAUUUGGAAAAAGAACGAAAAUUGCUGAAUGACAAUUAUGACAAACUCUUAGAAAACAUGCUGGCCAGCAGUAAUCAGCCUCACUGGAGAAGUGAGCUCGUGGGGGAACAGCUACGGCAGAAAGUCUCCCAGUUGCAGGACCAGCUGGACGCUGAGCUGGAGGAGAAGACAAACAUCUUACUUCAACUGUCCAGAGAGAAAGCCCAGAGUCAGGGCCUGCGGCUCGAGGUUGCCAGCCUGCGCGGGGAGCAGGCGCGGGAAGCAGAGCUCGCGCCCUCGGGGGACAGGCUGUGCCGCGGUCCCCACGGGCUGGCCGGGGUCCAGGACGCAGACCUGGCCGAGCCCCGGGAUCCAGGGGACCAGGGGGACAAGACGCUGGCGCAGGUGGUAAGUGAGCUGCAGGCGUCGCAGGCCGAGACGGCGCUGGAGCUGGAGAAGGCCAGGGACAUGCUGGCCCUGCAGCGCGCCAUCAACGUGUGUUACCAGGAGGAACUGGAAGCAGUGAUGACGAAAGCAGACAAUGACAGUAAGGAUCACACAGAGACACUGCAGAGGCUGACUCGCCUCCUGGACCUCAAGAGCCACCGCAUCCGUCAGCUGGAAGAACAGCUCAAAGAUGUGGUUUAUGGCACUCGACAGUUGUCAUUAUGUCUGGAAACACGGCCAGCUCAUGGAGAUGAGGAUAACGUGGACAUUUCUCUACUGCAUAAGAGUGAGAAUCUUUUUGAACUGCACAUCCACCAGGCCUUCCUGACAUCUGCUGCCCUGGCUCAGGCUGGAGACACUCAACCUACCACUUUCUGCACCUAUUACUUCUAUGACUUUGAAACCCACUGUACCCCACUGGCUGUGGGGCCACAGCCCCUCUAUGAUUUCACCUCCCAGUAUGUAGUGGAAACGGAUUCCCUUUUUUUGAACUACCUUCACGGGGCUUCAGCUCGGCUUGAUCUACAUCAAGCUGUAGCCAGUGAGCACCACACCCUUGCAGCUGGCUGGAUUUGCUUUGAGAGGGUGCUGGAGACUGUGGAGAGGGUCCAUGGCUCUACCACACUUACUGGAGCUGGUGGAGAAGAUUUCGGGGUGUUAGAAUACUGGAUGAGGCUGCGCUUCCCCGUAGGAUCCAGCCUACAAGCUUCCAAUAAGCGAAAGAAAGCUCAGGCCUAUCUGUCAGCCAAUGUGCCUGGAGCUCGGGAGGCCCAGGAGGAUAAGUCCAGAUUGGAGACUUGGAAGCAUCAGAAUGAGCUGCGGGUGGAAAUCAUCAGAUGCCACGGCCUCCGGAGUCGACGGCUGGGAACUCAGCCCAGUCCAUACGUCAUGUACCGCUUCUUCACCUUUUCUGACCACGACACUGCCAUCAUUCCAGCCAGUAACAAUCCCUACUUUAGAGACCAGGCUCGAUUCCCAGUGCUUGUGACCUCUGACCUGGAUAAAUAUCUGAGGCGGGAGGCCCUGUCUGUGUAUGUUUUUGAUGACGAAGACUCAGAGCCUGGCUCGUACCUUGGCCGAGUCCAAGUGCCCUUGCUUCCUCUUGCACAAAACAAAUCCAUUAAAGGUGAUUUUAACCUCACUGACCCUGCGGGGAACCCCAAUGGAUUUGUUGAGGCACAACUGGACUGGAAGUCUUUCUACCAGCCCCCAGAGAGCUUCUUGAAACCAGAAGCUCAGCCUGAGGAGAACAGCACCAAGGAUAGUUUAGAGAGCUCAUCUAAAGAGGACCAGAUGGCAUUUGCUGAGAUUCCCACCGAAGCUGGCCAGUAUCAAGCUAAGCAAAAACCUCCACAGGUGGGAGAAAGAAAGGAAAGGGAACAUCAGGUUGCAAGCUACUCAAGAAGAAAACAUGGCAAAAGAACAGGCAUCCAAGGAAAGAGCAGAAUGGAAUAUCUUAGUCGUAACAUCUUAAUUGGAAAUACAUUACAACAGGUGAACUACACUGAAUGGAAGUUCUCAGGACUGAAGAGCUCCAUAGAUGAUGGUUUAAAAUAUCAGCAAAAGGAAAAGGAAAGGACGUCAUCCCAUUCAGUAGUGAUGCAGAAUGAAGCCCUAAAUCCUGUGAAUGAUAAAGAAUCCUGUGAACAAGCUUCUGAAGCCAGUGAAGCACAAACUACAGAUAGUGAUGACAUAGUGACACCAGUAUCUCUGAAAUGUCCUAAGGCAGACUCGGAGAAGAUGUGCGUUGAAGUUAUCUCGCUGGCCUUCAACCCAGAGGCUGAAGUGAUGGGUGAUGAGACUGUGAGGCAGGUGUACGUAGAGUACAAGUUCUGCGAUGUGCCCUUGUCAGAGACAGAGACUCCGGUGUCCCUGAGGAAACCGAGGGCAGGAGAAGAGAUCCACUUCCACUUCAGCAAAGUGAUCCACCUGGACCCGCUGACGCACGCGGCCCGAAGGCAGUUCCUGCGCGACGCGCUGAGCGGACGGGGCCCCGAGCAAGGACGUUUAAAGUUCACGGUGGUAAGUGAUCCUCUGGACGACGAAAAGAAGGAAUGUCAAGAGGUGGGAUAUGCGUUUCUGGAGCUGCGCCAGGUCAUGGAAUCAGGAGAAGACCUCGUGGAGCAAGAGCUAGAGAUCGUGAGCCCCGCGGAGCGCGCCCCCAUCGGGAGGCUGAAGGUGGGCGUGCGCGCGGCUGCCGCCCUGCGGGCCGUGUGCGCCGAAACACAGCCGAGAGCUGAGGGAGCCGAGGGAGCCGUCCGGAAGCAGCGGCCCCGCCGCCAGGGUACUCUCCCGCAGCCCGAUGACCCCGCGACCUCGUGA